UGAAAUUUGAAAGGUUAAAUUUUUGACAGGUCUGUGUCCUGUGUUUUUGACGUUAUGAUGACAGUGACAUUUUAAUUUUUGAUUCCAUUUUCCAUUCUAAAAUUUUAUGUAAAUAUGUGAAUUAUGGAGUCAGAUAUUUCUUACCUUGCAAAUAUUUUGAGACCUUCCAGUCGUGAUAUAUUUAAUGGUAAAGGUAAACUAUGUUUAUCUGCAAAUUAUUUGAACAAGUUAAAUACUGCCAUAGAUGCAAACUUAGAUGAGGGUGUUAGUUCUUUCCAAAUUGUUCAAACAAGCAAUACAAAGGCAAAUUUUAUUAAAGAUAUCCAAUUUUUAUUGGAUUUAAUACAGAAAACUGUAAGUUUAAAAAUUAUUCCUGAUGAAACUGUUGAAUAUAAUACAGUAGAUAUUACGAAAUUUAAGAAUAUAAAAAUAUUAGAAAUAAUAAAAUUGGAUAUUCAAGUUGUUGUUGGUCUUCAGAAGCUCAGAUCUCAAAUUCAAGAACUAAUAUGUUGCAGAAAUUUAAAGACUACAAGUGAUGUUUUGGAGAAGUGUGGUGGAGAUAAAAGCCAACCAUACAGUUGGAAUGAACUAAGGACUGCUAAUAUGGCUUACAAUGAAAUUAUAGAAAUAGAUAAUAGUUUUGAAUGUACUCUUUCUUUACAUACUUUAGAUUUAAGUCAUAAUAAUCUUAAUAAGGCAAAUUUUAUUAAUCUCUUGCCUAAUUUAAAACACUUGAAUCUUUCCUAUAAUAAAUUAGAUGCUGCACCAUAUUUUAAAGGUCAAAUUAGAAAUAGGUUACAAGUUUUGGUGUUAAAUAAUAAUUUUAUUGAAGAUCUUAAUGGCUUAACAUCUUUGUCUAAUUUACUACAGCUGGAUUUAGGGCACAAUUGCUUGUUGGAUCACAAAUUAUUGCUAUCAAUAUCUCAUUUAGUUUCACUUCAGUGGUUAAACUUGCAGGGUAAUCCACUGAGUUUUCAUCCUCAACAUCGUCAAGUAACUUGUAAUUACUUGAACAAAAAUGCUAAAACAGUCAAAUUUUUGAUGGAUGGUAUAAUUUUAAAUAAAAAUGAAAAAAGUCUGACUGGAUCUCUAUAUCCCAUAUCACAAACAGUUCAAACGUCUUCUUCUUCAACCAAUUCACUGGAGUCAGUGAAUUGUGCUCAAGAAAAGCCCAAAAAAAUCCGCUAUGUUACCAUAGAAGAUGUCAAUACAGUUAAAGAAGUACAACCUAUUUCAACACCGCCUACACCUUCUCAACAUUUAGAGAUCAAAAGGCAAGUGGAACAACUUAGAAGAGAAUAUGGAGAAUCGUGGCUGUAUAAAGAUUCUGGACUUAUGGUGCAAGAUGUCUUAGGCUUUGAUAAAAGUUUAAUAUUGUCUUCUACUCCACUUGAGUCGGGAAUUGUCGGCAUGUGCAUUUCUGAUCCUGGUAUUUUAGAAAUCACCCAAAACAGUGAGUUCAAAACUGCUGAUAAUAUUUCCAGAACUAGUGAAGCAUCUCCUAAGACUGAAGCGUUUUGCACAGCAGAAGAUGAAGGGAUUGUUUUUAGUACCAAUGGCCAACCUGACCUUGAUGUAUCAGAUGCCUCAGAUGGUGAAGAUGUAUUUUCAGGAGGCGAAGACUGUAUGUUUCUUGCAAAUAAUUGUGGAGAUGGGAGCCAGGUAUUUGUUGUAAUUACAGACAGUCACAUAUCUGAAAGAGAUGUUUCUACUAGUAAAGAAAGAGCAAGGUGGCAUAUAAACACUGUAGUCUCUUGUGAAAAAAAGGAAGAGGAUGAGAAUGUAAUCAAACUUGAGUUUGAUACAUUGAGAAGAGACAGGAAACAAAGAAUUUAUGAAUUGAGCCCAGGAGAAAUAGAUACUUUCUAUGAAUCAAUUAAGAAUAAAAUAGGUAGUGUGUCAAAGACUGAGGAAAAAAAUUUAACUUAUCAAUGUAUGAAAUGCUCUGAAGUAUUUCAAAGAAGCAAGAAUGCACUUUUGGAUCAACCUACAGUAAAUUGUCCAAAAUGUUCCAGCAAUAUGGUGGUAGAAAGUGCAUAAAAAAAUAUUCAAUACAAAAAUGUUUUUUUUUUUUCGAUUCUAGUCUUAAGAACUACCAUAUAGUGUUCAAAAAGCUGUGGUAACUUUAUAUUUUUACAUUGAUGACAAUGAAAAUGUAUGCCAAUUAGAAUUAUAUUUUAUACAAUUUAUAUUUUGUACAUGUCUUAAUAUUUUUAAACAAACUAUUAGUGGCCUUUAUGAGAUUUUUUUUUAUAUCAAGUGAGUUGUGUUGCUAAAAAGUCAAUAUACAUAUUGUAUUUAUUAUUGUUGAAAGAUGAAAAGUUAAUAUUUAUUGUAUUAUAAUAAACCUUAAUUAUAAAGUACUGAAAUUUAUAUUCACAGCUAUUUUUUUUGACAAAAGCAGAUUGCUUGUAUGUUAGUUUUAAAAUUAUUUUAUUUUUGUUAUAAAAAAAAAUGCUGUUAAUAGUUGGGGUGGUACCCAUUUUAUGUGCAAAAUAAAUGUAAUAAGGACAAAAUAUAGUACUUCUAGAACUGUCCCUAGUUGAACAUUAUGUAACAAAUAAAAUUAUUUUAUUUA